CGUCCUGCAAGUUUAUUUGCUUCAGCUGACUUAUCUUAUCUGUCAGUUUAUUGACGGCUGGGGAAUGAAUGUCUUGAUGUAGGAUAACAGCAGUCAGGUCAGAGUCUCUGGAUCUCUCACACACAUUGGAUGAAUCUGACAAUGGCAGGUGUUUGGAAAAUUAUUCUUCUCAACAUUUUCAUCAUCUCUGCUAAAAGUAGCAUGAUGAAAGGUUAUUUCUGGCACAUCUCAGACCUCCACUGGGAUCCUUCUUAUGAUGUAGGGGGUAACGCUGCAUCAAAAUGUGCCUCCAGUGGAGGCCGUCCGACCCCAAACGCAGGCAGAUUUGGAGAUUAUUCCUGUGACUCCCCAUGGACUCUGAUAAACUCGACAUUGAGUGCCAUGAGACGGAUCCUGCCUGACCCAGACUUCAUCAUCUGGACCGGAGAUGAUACUCCUCAUGUGCCCGACGAGCAGCUGGGAGUCGAACCUGUUCUGCGUAUAAUCAGCAAUCUCACCUACAUCAUAAAAACCACUUUUCCUAAUACCAAGGUGUAUUCUGCAAUGGGAAAUCAUGACUACCAUCCAAAGAACCAAAUGCCUCCAGAAAAAAACAACAUUUAUGAACAAACCGCGAAUAUGUGGCAUGACUGGCUACAUGUGGCGUCAAAAGAAACCUUUAAAAUAGGUGGAUAUUACACAGAGAAGUUGCUUAAUCAAACUGGCUUCAGAGUCGUGGUCCUUAAUACGAACCUCUAUUACGAUCAGAACAAACUCACAGAGAAAGUCAAAGACCCUGCAGAUCAGUUCAGUUGGGCUGAUAAAGUGCUUCAGGACGCAGCUAAAAAUAAUGAGAAGGUUUACAUUAUUGGUCACGUCCCUCCAGGGUUUUUUGAAAAGAAGCGAGAUAAAGCCUGGUUCAGAAAAGAGUUUAAUAAGCGCUAUAUGGAUCUCAUACAGAAGCACAGCGCUGUUAUACAGGGCCAGUUCUUCGGUCAUCAUCACACUGACAGUUUCCGCAUGUUCUACAGCUCUAAAGGAUCUCCCAUAAGUGCAAUGUUCCUGGCCCCAGGAGUGACUCCUUGGAUUACAACAUUACCUGGUGUCAUAGAUGGUGGAAAUAAUCCUGGAAUUCGCUUGUUUCAGUAUGACACCAAAACACUUUUGAUCAAGGAUAUAAUCACCUACUAUAUGAACCUGACAUACUCAAAUAAGGAACAUGAGCGCUGGGAGAAAGAGUACCGGCUGACGGAGGCGUUUCGUGUGCCGGACGCCUCUCCCGUCUCCAUGCACCGUGUGAUGGAGCGGAUAUCCAGCAACAAGUGUUAUCUGCAGAAGUACUAUGAGUUCAACUCUGUGAAUUAUGACCUGACGGAGUGCCACGCUGACUGCCGCGUCGACCACGUGUGCGCGAUGAGGGAAGUGGACUUUGAGGCCUAUGAGAAGUGCGUGGUGAAGGAGGGAGGCUCGUGCACUGCUCCAGUGCUGUUUACUCUGCUGCUGGCACUGAUGUUGAGCCUGCUGUGUUCGAGCUGAUCACAGAACAGCAGCGUUUCUGCAACAUUGUCACAUGAUCCCUUCAGUGCAUGAGUGUGAAUGACAUGUUCUCAGUAUUUAAAGUAUUUAAAAUUUUAACGCGCUGUUCAUAAACUUGAUCUGUCAUGAUUUGUUUAUAUUUACUGAACUGUCUCUUAGUUCAGCCCAAUAUGAAAAUGUUUUUGGUUUGGUCCCAAACAUUAAAAACAACUACAACAACAAAACAUCAUUUGUGUUCCACCAAAAUUUGGAGUGAUGUGAAGGUAAAUAAAAAUUGCAGUUGUCUUUUCUUCUUUACUAAUCUGAGAAAGUCUUUAUUUUAAGAUAAAAAGUUGCAUGUAAUGGUUUUUUUUAUUUUUAUCCUACGUCAGAAACAAGUUUACACUGAUUUGUCUCUGUAUACAAUUUGUAUACAUUUUUAUUUUAUUUUUGCAUAAAAGAUGGUUUGAUAAUGAUAAUGAUAAAUAAUGCAUAAUGAUGAAUUAUGCACUCCUGCAAUUUAUAUUUAAAUUCAUUCAUCAACAUGAUGUCAUUUUUUUCCCACACACAACAUUAUAUCAAUGCUACAGUUGUAGAGUCCAGGAGUAAUUAGGGCAUCCAUCAGAACGAACACUAACUAUAACCAACAAUACAGUAGUCACAAAACAGUAUACAUCAGCCUUUGAUUUGCAUGUAAAGUUGCAAAUUAAACUUGUGUGGGGGGAAGAUUUAAUACCACAUAGAAUAUCUGCAAAUAAAAUUCAUCUCAUGUGUUCAAGGGAACAAAAUCACUUUUGCAACAGGUGCAAAGUAUCAAUAAUAAAAUAAAAAAAGAAUA